GGAUUGCUAUUUAACGAUAAACUUAAAAUCUGUAAUGUGAUGGUGUGUCUGCUAAAUACGAGAUUUCUUGAAGAAAGAGAUGGAUGGAAGUUUUUUGGAAAUUAUAAAGCUUGUGAGUCUGGAUGGUAUCCUUUUGCGGGCCACUGUUAUUACCUGAAUGAAACAAAAGUAACGUGGAAAGCUGCCAAGACCCAGUGUACAGUGCAGAACUCUUACUUAGUAGAGGUGAAUUCAGCAAAGGAGUACAAAUGGAUAUCAGAAAUGUUUUUGUCCGAAAAUGGAAAUGGGAACAAUACUCUUAUAACCACUACGUGGAUAGGAGCAAGAAGGAAAAACGAUAAUGUAACAUGGGUCCAAAGCAAUGAACCCGUCCUUCAGUCAUGGGUAGCGAGCAGUCUUGAUGGAAGAGGAAACUGUGUGUUCAUGAAAUAUACAGGCCAUUGGAUUGAUGUUAGUUGCGGCUCGGCCAAGCACCUGCACGCCUCUGUCUGUGAAAAAAUGGUGUAAA